AUGCCCGACGCAUGGGAUGACGAUUGGGACAAGGUCGCUGAUACUUCAGCCAAACCUUCAGCGCCCGUCCAGCCCAUCGUCAAACUAUCUCGCGCAGAACGCAAGGCCCAACACCAAGAGCUGAACAAGCAACUAUGGGACGCCGCCGAACAACCCGAACGAUCAUACUUCCUCGAAGCAAAGGGCGCCGCUCCCACCAAUUCCGACUUCAAACCCCAAGUCAAGCUCCUGUCCCGCAGACCUACUCCACAAAUCGCAAACCGCAUGGCCGGCCUCAAUCUGGAAGACGAGGACGACAGUGAGGAGGAGGAGAGAAAGAGACAAGAGGCAUCUCUCGCAGAAAGACAACGCAAGGCUGCUGAAGAGCGCAGAGAGAAGGAACGCAAAUAUGCCGAAGUACGUGAACGCCUGUUUGGUUCUCCGCAGUCAUCCAGAGACACUUCUGCCUCUCGCACGUCCUCCACUAGAGGAGACAGAACUUCGCGCAGAGGCAACAGAGGUAGAGGUGGCCGUAACUCUACUCCAAGAGACAGCCAGUCCAAUUCUCCUGCCGACCAGUCACCUGCGCGGACCAUAUACCAACCAACCCAACUCUUCGAUCCCAGCUAUGAGCAACGACCGCCGAGCAUUGCCAGCCCAAGACCUAUCGCUUCCAGAGACGAACAGCCUGUUCGCCAACCCAGAGGUCCUGAAGGGCGCGGUGGUUUCGGCUUCGCUCCUCGCGGUGCCAGAUCAGGUCCAUGA